GUAAUAAAUUAUCUUUUGAAUGAUAAUACGAAGUAAACAAAGUUUACGCUUAUUCCAAUAAAACAGAAAUAUUGUUUUGACGGAAGAAAUAAAUCGGAACUUUUGCUGGCGUUUACAAGCGCGGAAGUACGUUUAUACCAAUAACACGAAGGAAGCGACGCUAUUGGACUAAGAACCGGUUUAGUGACUUGAGGGGUUCAGCCACGCAGGACGACCUGCGGUAUGCAAUAACACUGACGAUUUAUUCGUAGCCUUACGAAGGAAACAUGGCGGGCGAAACCACGGUUCAAACAACACAGAAAACGGAGACUCGUACCAACGCUGGAAUAUCAGUAACAACGAAAACCGAAUCGACUGGAAUUUUAGAUGGUUUGCAUCUCAAUCCCUGGUACUUUAAAACUAUACCUGGAAUUCUGAAACUUGUUCAAUUGGUAAUUGGCAUCAUAUGCAUGGGAUGUGGUUCACCAGUUAGAAUAAAUUAUGCUCAUUUUUUUAUGUUCGUCGUUGUUAUUUGCUUCCUCAUCACAUUUCUUCUUUGUUUUGCAUUUCUCAUAAGUUUGAAAGACAUUACACAAAAGCUUCCUUGGAUGGAAGGAGAAUUAAUUUAUACGGGCAUUGCUACAAUUUUAUAUUUUAUUGCUGCUAUUGUUCAACUUGCUAUGACUGUUGAACAGGAUAAUAAAUAUUUCCUUAACCCUUUGAAGUAUAUUGGAGUCUAUGAUGCUUACAUUGCUGCUGGAGUUUUCGCUUUGUUCAAUACAAUCGCUUAUGGAGUUGGUGUCUAUUUUCUGUUCAUAGAUUGGCGUUCUUCACGGCAACCCAAUUAAAUUUUUGUGUUUUAUUUUUGUUAUUUUUUUAGAAAGUUAUAUCAAUAAUUAUUUAACAUAAUGUACUGUUAAUUCUUUAAUGUUAUGUUUAGUUUUAAAACAUUUUAAUAUGAAUUAUUAAGUUUAUUCUUGUUUUUUGGGAAAUUCAAAUAAGGUAUUCUACGAGGUGCUAAUGUGAUCCCCCCGUGUAUACUUGUUGUACAUAUAUUAAUGUGAUCUCGUCUUAUUUUAUGUAUAUCAGUACAUGUAUCAACUUAUAUAUGUAAAUUGUGUAUAUUAGUAAUCAUUGUCAAGUAAAAUUAUAUCUUUAUUUCAUCAUUAGUAAUAUUAAACAGAUUUUAAAACUAGAAUUAUUAUUUAAUGAAUUUC